AUGGCUGUUCACUCCAAAGAUGAGGCCUUGAUGUGUAAGGUCUUUCCAUCUAGCUUGGGCCUGGUGGUGAUAAGGUGGUUCAACGAUUUGAGGGUGAACUCUAUCGACUCCUUCAAGAAACUCACCCGGGCUUUUGGUACUCGCUUUAUUACUUGCAGCAAGGUUCCUCGGCCUUUGAGAUCCUUAUUAUCUAUGUCCAUGCGAGAGGGUGAGACUCUGAAGGCUUAUUCGGAUAGUGUACGCCAAUUGAUGGAUCGAAUUGACAAGUACAGAAGAGUAGAAGAAGACCAACUGCAGGGGAAAAGAAAGGCUAAGGUGAUCCCUCAAGAGAUGAGGGAUUUCAGGUCGGACCGGUACAAUAAUAACCGACCUCGAAAAGACUUUGUUGGGCAAUCACAAUCUGCCAACACUCAGGCGGUUAACGUUGUAUUUCAAGAGCCAGUGCAACAAGAUCAUGGACACACAACUGAGGAUUGCAAAAAUUUAUGGGACCAUUUGGACCAGUUAGUCCGAGAAGGGAAGUUGAAGCAACUCUUGCAUCAUUCCAGUGGUCAGGUAAGCCAAACGAGUUCAGAGAUUCGGGGAGAUGUUUCUUCAAGACUCCCCCUUGACACAAUAAACGUUAUUUUUGCUGCUCCGGGGAGGACUGAAUCUUGUCCUUCCAGGGUAAUGUUGGUAUCCCGUUCUCCAGCCAAGGAGUCUAACUCAAUGCCUAAGAGAGCCAAGAUGGGCAUCCCGUUAAUGCUGGGUUUUUCAGAUGAGGACAAAGUUGGAACCAUGCAGCCCCAUGAUGAUGAUGCAGCCCCAAGAUGGGCAUCCCGUUAA